UUGAAGGGAACGGAACUGAAGGGGAGGGCCUGGACCGGAUGUUAUGUGCGGGAGCGGUGCGGAGCAAAGAUACUAGAGGAGCCGGUCCAGUAUCUUUGCUGCCGAGCUCACGGUGCAGGCGGCGGCGGCGGCGGCGGGGGCCCGGUCUCCGGCAAAUCUGAACCCUGCUGGCGUGAGUGGAAGUCUCAUCAGAAACCAUGCCGACUGUGGUGCUAUUGGAUGUUUCUCUCUCCAUGACUCGCCCUGUCACCAUGGAGGGCGUCGAGGAAUACCAACGCAAACACUUGGCUGCUCAUGGGCUCAGCAUGCUCUUUGAACAUAUGGCGACCAGUUACAAAUUGGAGUUCACUUGUCUUGUGGCUUUCUCCUCUCUGUGGGAGCUAAUGGUUCCAUUCACCAGGGAUUACAACACUCUUCAGGAGUCACUGAGCACCGUGGAUGACUAUGACAAGACCUGCCUCGAGUCUGCUCUUACGGGGGUCAGCAACAUUGUGCAGGAUGAGUGGGGUGUCUGCAUUCCCUGCCAGGUGAUCAUUGUCACAGACGGGAGCCUGGGAAUAGGUCGAGGAUCCCUGCGCCACUCGCUGUCCAUCCUCAACCAGCACUCCGAGGACAGCAAGUUCCCACUUCCCUUCCCAUUUCCAUCAAAGCUGUACAUUAUGUGCAUCGCUAACCUAGAAGAGCUUCAGAGCACAGAUACCCUGGAUGUUCUGGAAUGUCUGAUAGAUUUAAACAAUGGUGAGGGGCAGAUCUUCACUAUCGAUGGUCCUCUUUGCCUGAAAAAUGUGCAGUCUAUGUUUGGGAAACUGAUUGACCAAGCCUACUCUCCGUUUCAUGCUGUGCUGAAGUGUGGGCAUCUGGUUUCUGAUAUGCAGAUGUUUCCGAGACCAGAACCUGUCAUCAUUGAUGAAGAACUGGAGCCCAUGCCUAAAUCUAUCAAUACAGAGUUGGAUAUCGUAGGAUUUAUAAAGAUCGCUGAUAUUGCCAGUCCACCGGUCCUAUCUCGGCAUUUGGUCUUACCUAUAGCUCUGAAUAAAGAAGGUGAUGAUCUGGGAGGCGGUUUACCCGAAGAAACUGAAGAUGAGAAUUCUGCUUCUCAGAUUGCAGGAAAGAUGCCGUCGUUUUGUGUCUUGCUACAUGGCAGUCUGAAAGUAGAAGGGAUGGUUGCCAUCGUGCUGCUUGGGCCAGACUGGUAUGGGAUGCUGUACUCACAGGCUGAUAGCAAAAAGAAAUCCAAUCUGAUGAUGUCCUUGUUCGAGCCCGGUCCUGAGCCUCUCCCCUGGCUUGGUAAGAUGUCACAGCUGGGACCCAUUCUAGGUGCUGAAGAAAACCCCUAUGGUGAAGAUGACAGCAGGAGCCCAUUUCCCCUUCAGCCACGGACGAAGCGCAGUUAUGCACAGAAUGUGACCGUCUGGAUUAAGCCUAGUGGACUGCAGACCGAUGUUCAGAAGAUUUUAAGAAAUGCUCGGAAACUUCCAGAAAAGACACAGACAUUCUACAAGGAACUGAAUCGGUUGAGAAAGGCAGCUCUUGCGUUUGGAUUUUUGGACCUUCUGAAAGGUGUGGCAGACAUGCUGGACCGUGAGUGUACACUCCUCCCAGACACGGCGCAUCCCGACGCUGCCUUCCAGCUCUCCCAUGCUGCCCAGCAGCUGAAGCUGGCCAGCACUGGGAACUCUGAAUAUGCAGCUUAUGAACACAAUAUCACUCCGCUGCAGACAGACUUUUCCAGCAGCAGCACUGACAGAAUUUGAGUGAAGCGGAAGUGGUAUUUCUGGUUCACUUUUGAGGACCUUUUUUGAUGUUUCAGUGCUGUGCACAGGAUACAGUGAAGGACAUGCGGCUGUAAAAGAACCAUUGCUGCAACAUUUCUCUGGGAUCUCAGUGCAUCACAAGCAAGUCUACACUCUAUAUUUUUAAAUAAAUAAGCUUUUGUUACUGUUGAA